UAAUUUGACACGUGAUAAAGCGCCUUUAAAACCCGAGAACACUAUUCCGUUGUCAGUCUACUACCCACCGUUUUGAAGCGUUUUCCAGUCCUUUAGGGUAAAGAUGCUGAGCAGUUUGCUUUUCACAGUGCUGUUUGGCUCAGUAGUGGCCCUUUAUGACCCAAACCUGGACAUGCACUGGGAGUUAUGGAAGAAGAAACAUCAUAAGAUUUACAUGAGUGAGCUAGAGGAGUCAGGCCGGCGGCAGAUUUGGGAGGGGAACCUACGGCGGAUUACUGUUCACAACCUGGAGACCUCUAUGGGCAUGCACACCUUUGACAUUGGUAUGAACCAUAUGGGAGAUAUGACCCCAGAGGAGAUCCUGCAGAAGCUUGCUGGGACUCGGGUUCCCGCUGAACUGAAGAGACCAUCCACAUUUGUGGCCUCUGCUGGUGUCACAGUACCAGAUUCAGUAGACUGGAGGUCAAGUGGCUAUGUGACUGAUGUGAAAAACCAGGGCUCAUGUGGUUCAUGCUGGGCAUUUAGUGCUGCUGGGGCCCUGGAGGGCCAGCUGAAGAAGACCACAGGGCAGCUGUUGUCCCUCAGCCCCCAGAAUCUUGUGGACUGCUCUUCCAAGUAUGGAAACAAAGGUUGCAAUGGAGGUUUCAUGUCUGAAGCCUUUCAGUACAUUAUUGACAAUGGCGGUAUAGAUUCUGAUGCAGCCUACCCUUAUACUGCAGUGCAAGGAGAUUGCAAAUAUGACCCGACCAAGCAAGCUGCCAACUGCUCCAGUUACACAUUUCUCCCCUAUGGGGAUGAAGAGGCCUUAAAGCAAGCAGUAGCCACCAUUGGCCCCAUUGCUGUGGCUAUUGAUGCCACUCAUCCACUAUUUAUCAUGUAUCGCAGUGGAGUGUAUAAUGACCGAAGUUGCAGCCAGCACGUAAACCAUGCAGUGCUGGUUGUAGGAUAUGGCACACUGAAUGGACAGGACUACUGGCUAGUGAAAAACAGCUGGGGCACUACGUUUGGAGAUGGAGGCUACAUCCGCAUAGCCCGCAAUCAAGGAAAUAUGUGUGGUAUUGCAUCUUAUGGCUGCUACCCCAUCAUGUAAACAGUGAAGUUAAAUGCUUGCCUUAAAAAUUGUGUGUGCGUGCGUGCGUGCGUGCGUGCGUGCGUGCGUGCGUGUGUGU